AUGACUUCGCGACUCAAAUCAGCAUUUUUACGUCAUACGAACUCAAUAAAACGCUCCAAUUUUGGUGGAUUAAAAGAUACUCUUCGUUCUCAUAUUCCUAAUACUACUAACGAUACUUCUUACAUGUCAAAUGAAUAUAUUCAUUCGAGUUUCUUCGAUGAUGAUAAUUACUUAUCGAUUAUCAAAUGUCUUGAUAGCGGUUAUGAGAUCUGCAACGAUUGUAUAGAUUAUAUGCAAAAUUAUCUCAAUCUUCUACAAGAAUUUAUCGAUAAUCUUCAGUCAUAUACAAAACGUUGGAAAUCAAAAAUAAAACAACAAUCAUCCAUUUCAUCUUAUAAUACUACGAAACUUGCUCAACGUGAAACUGUUUCUAUACCUAAACGACGUGCUGAAAUCUUACAAAAACAAUAUGAUGCUAUUUUAAAAGUUAUUAAUACAUAUCGUACACAAGUGGAUCGAAUGUAUCCAAAUGAACGUAUAGGUACUACUCAUAAACAUCAUAGUACCGAAGCAAUGAAAAAUUUAUUUAAAGAAGCACGUUCAACAUUAUGUAAAUUAUCAGCUAAACGUGAAAAAUUACAUGAACAAGAAAAAAAAGCACAAAAUGCUCUUCAUGAUGCUAAUGUUCAAUGUGAAAAUCUUAGUUUCGAUCCAACAGCAAGCAAAACUAAAAUUUCAAAUGCAAAAGAUAAUCAAACUAAACGACAAAAUAAAUUAGAUGAAAUUCAACAGGAAAUUGAACGAGCCGAACAAGAAUAUGAUCAAGAAUAUGAAAAUUAUCGUGCGAAAGCAAUGGAUAUCUAUGAAAAAUGUCGUGCAUUAGAAAAAGAACGUUUAGAUUUACUUGGUGAAACUUUAAUUAAAUUCAAUGAUGCAGCAUUUUCAUCGGAAUAUUCAACUGAAGAACAUAAAAUUUUCGAAGAUCUUAAGUUAAAACUCAAAGUUGAACGAGAUUCUUUACAAGAUCUUGAUUUUUGGGCUAAAACUUAUCAUGUUUAUGAUUCAACAACAUCUCUAUCAACCGAAAAAAGUCAUGAUGAAAGCAUUUCGUCUCCAACAACUACUCGAAAAACAAAAAAAUCUCACAAAAAUGAAACAGAGGAUCUCACAAUCAAAGAAGAAAAUACACAAGAAUCAGUUGCUGAAGGUGAAGAAGAACAAUCUCAAGCAGAUACAAUAACCACAACAACAAAAACUAAAUCAAAAAAGAACAAAAAUAAUACUAAAACUGAAUCAACUACAACAAAUGCUGCAGCAUCUAAUCAAGUAUCAUAA